AUGCGGUCUUUAGGGAGGCUGGAGUACGCAUGGCUUUCGGAAUGGGCAGCGAUAUGUCGCCAUGAAGGCCAGGAAGGAUAUCGUCGGUGGUAUAAUAACGCCGGAGAAUCCGGCUAUCCUAGCUAUCUUAGUGAUUCAGAUGACUUGGGUGACUUGGGUGACUUGGGUGACUUGGGUGACUUGGGUGACUUGGGUGACUUGGGUGACUUGGGUGACUUGGGUGACUUGGGUGACUUGGGUGACUUGGGUGACUUGGGUGACUUGGGUGACUUGGGUGACUUGGGUGACUUGGGUGACUUGGGUGACUUGAGUGACUUGAGUGACUUGAGUGACUCUCAGUUAUAG